GCUACUUGCUCAUACAUCGGGCCGUCCAUGAGGCAGAUAGAUCCCAGCUGUGUAGAUCUGCUCGGCACUCAUCUAGCUCUAACACGGCUCUCAUUUCUGUGCGGGGCUGUCCUGUUCUUAGCAGCGUUUUCUGGUCUGUCUAUAUAUCCAGCUGCUCCAGGAACCGGACUCGACUUUUUUUUUUUGUGGCUUCACCUCCGCUGUCCAAAUUCACUCCGAUUAUUAUCGAGCGCUCCUCGAUUUAAGGGAUAAAGAAUCCGUUUUAACUCCAGCCGGUGGACGUCACUAUCCUGGUUGGAUCCGCCGCUUCAGCGACAUAAGAGAUUUGAUUGUUUCUUUAACGGACCGCUUUUAGGCUGCGUCAGUGCUUAACUUAAACGGUGGUAUUAUUAUCACGUAUUUAUCAAGCGUGGUCGAUGAGGGUUUAGCCGAGCUUUGAAAGGGUAACACAAGCCGAGAGGAGAUUUAUCCAGACGCCUCCCCCUCUUUCUCUGUAUGUAAAGAUAUUAAUUUACAGCCGCGGAAAGCUCGCAGCAGCGAUGAACCAUAACUGACAGCUUUUGACGAAUUAGCCAGAGAGACGAAGCAGAAACCGUUGGUGGUUUCCUGUCUACAGACGCAGUAAAAUACCAGGUUCGGGGAGCAGGUACAGCUACAGCUGACAACACAAACGACUCAUUUUUUGUCCUCCUUAAAGGCUGCAAAGUGCAACACUCUCCGUUUUGGCUUGAAGCGUGUUUUGGUAAAAGGUGGGUCCGCUAGCUGCUGUUGGCUAGUCAUCCUGCUAACCCUGGACAGCUCCUGAGGAAGGCUGAGCUAGCUUUGGACAAAGGAGCAACGCAUCGUGGAAAUUUAUAAACACUGGGCACACAAGUCGUUGUUCUGGAGCGACAAACAAGGACCUGACAUGAUGUUUCCACAAUCAAGACACUCAGCCUCAUCGCAGCAGCUGAAAUUUACAACCUCUGACUCCUGUGACAGGAUCAAGGAUGAGUUCCAAUUUCUUCAAGCACAAUAUCACAGUUUGAAGCUUGAAUGUGACAAGUUAGCAAGUGAGAAGUCAGAGAUGCAGCGCCAUUAUAUUAUGUACUACGAGAUGUCCUAUGGACUCAAUAUUGAGAUGCACAAACAGGCUGAAAUAGUGAAGAGACUGAACGGGAUCUGUGCACAAGUCCUCCCCUACCUGUCUCAGGAGCACCAGCAGCAGGUCCUGGCAGCCAUAGAGAGGGCCAAGCAGGUCACCCCUCCAGAGAUGAACUCCAUCAUCAGGAUGGUUUUAUUAAAAAUGGCUUCAGUUAUCCACAGCUAUGCAGCUGAUCUUAUAGAUCUUGAAAUAUCAGCACUUUACCUCAGGACACAUGACAGGAUUUUCACAGCAGCUCCAGGCUCACCAGCUGUCCCAGCUUCAGGGCCUGGCCCUGCCCAUGACCCCCCUGCCUCUGGGCCUGAGCCAGCCAACGCUCCCAGCCGUCACCACUUCCUCCGGUCUCUUCUCGCUGUCUUCUCUGCUGGCCUCCCAGGCCCAGCUGGCCAAGGAGGAGAAGGCUUCCCGUGACGGCGCAGACAGCCACCGUGAGGAGGACGGAGACAAGUCUGAUUAGAUUCUGUCUCCACGUAGCUCUUUUAUCACAGAGACAUGAAGUCCCAGAUCUGUUCCUGCUUCCUCUCCCUUGGUUUUUCCCUUUUUGACCUUACCCAACAUGGGGUUCUAUCUCUUCAAUGCAGCUCCAGCUUUAAACCCCUAACCUAUCCCAUUCUGAGCAAAGCUUUGGCACUCAUAUUACGAUAAUAAAUAUUACAAUAAUA